UAUAGUUAACAAGAGCCGUAAAAAGCAAAUGUUUGCGUGUGACUAAUUUUUGAUUUCUCAGAAAUCUUAAAAUUGUCGUUUCUAUUCUUAACUGAGUACUGUCGGUGAAUUUUACUUCAUAUAUUUUUACGUUUUCUUUACAUCAGUUAGUUUUCGAGUUCUGCUGUCGCACUGAUGCGAAAGCCAAACUAACAAGUUGAGCAAAACUUACAGUCUUAAUUGCCCUAACAGUGGACAACGGAUGUACAUCGGAAUAAUACAUUAUUGUUUGCGGGGAGAAUAAUACAUUAUUGUUUGCGGCGAAUACAUUAUUGUUUGCGGGGAGAAUCAAUCAAAUUCAGUUUUAUUGUUUGCUAGACUAGACCACUGUAUAGUUAAUUUAACACAGUUUAUUAACUACCAACAAAAAUCUCCUAGCGGACAACACUUUUGAUAAAGAGCAGGAACGAUCAAUGGGGGACUCGAGUGACUCCAUGGAUUCAGACGACAGUAGUCCGAAAACAAUGGUACUCGGAUGCGGUGAUUUCCAUUCUAAUUUCGUUAUGGUACCCGAAAUGGAAAACAUUCCGCCAAUUCUUCCGACACAGAAUUGGUUGCUAGAGAUGAAGAAGGUUUUGGAAGACAACAAAACUGCGCCGGAUGCCAUAGAGUGGAUUCUGACUAACUUCUACACUUGGGAUCAUUUGAAUCAGCUACAAUCGUGUGAGGAUCUGACUCCGAAGCAAAUUCGAAUCUUGACGACAUUACUUGAGGAACCGUUUGCAUUGUACUCGGCUGACAAGAAGUCGCUUUUGACUCUUCUGCAAUCCGAUAAGUUGCUUCUGAAUCAGACUUUGCUAUCAACAAUUUUAAAACCUUUCGUCAAUGGAAACGAAGUCUUUCAAGACUUUUUGUGUUCUGAACGCUUAAUGACAGUUGCUGGAGCGGUGAACGCCCAAAAGAUACGAAAAUUGCUCGCGACAUCAAUAACUUCGAACACGUCCGAGCACCAAUUAGGAGCCCAAAAUCUGGAACCGAUGCAAAAAGUUGAACAAAUUCUAAAAAGCUUAGAGUUAACCGAAGUUGCGCGUAAUGAAAUUCUUGACAAACUCGCCUUGUUCGAUAACCUGAAAACUUGUCUUGAAAAUUGUGAUGAAAUAACAAAAAAGCAACAAAACAUCUUGACUGAUAAACUUGAAGUUGUUUUCAGUGAGCUGAAAAACUCCUCUGGUGAUUUGAAAAUUGAUCCUGAAGUUGUGGUAGAGUCCGUAACUCAAGGUCUGCAGCUUUCUUUAGAAGCAACCGCUUGGAUCCUCAAAUGGCUUUCCGGAGUUGAAAUAGUGCGCCCGAACGUGAGCGACAUAGAAAACUGCGAAGACUUGACUAAGCGUCAGUCGGCAAUUCUGAAGAAACGACUCAGUCAGUUUUUUGAAGAAGGUCAAAAUAUAGACAAAAAACAAGAACUCAUUGACCCGCGACAAAAAUUCAUCGAGGAACUGUCCAAGAUUUUGAUCGCUAAUGACAUCAACGGCUCUGUUCAAAAGUGGUUGCUGGAAAUGGCGCCGAAUUUUGAGAGUCUCGACUCUUUGAAUGAGUGCGAAGAUUUGACCAAAAAACAGGUUCGAACGUUGAUCACUGUUCUGCAGGAACCUUUCGAGACGUACAAGCGCAGUACCAAACAAACUGAAACUUCUUGUGCCAAUUUUUUGGAAGAAACAGAGAAGAAAGCUUGUGAAAUAGUGGAUUCCCGAGAAACUAAGAUGAGCCGUGAAGUUGCCGGAAGUUCUGAUGAACCGGACGUUGAAAUCAUGGAAAUUGAUGGCUCUGACCCUGAAUUGUCUCUCACGCCAUUGAUUUUGUUUCAUACGGAAAUGCAAGAAAAUUUUUCAAUUGAGAAGUUUUCUCUCUGCGAAGAAGGAGUGAAAUACAUUUGCCACUUGGUCCCAGAAAGCGAGACGGAUGAGACUCCAGUUUUAUAUACGUCAAUUUCAGGAACCCCUGUCAUUAAUUUUGCAACCUUGGAUCAUUUAAAUUUCGAAUGUGUGGGUCUUUUCGGUCCCUUCAAAGCCGUCCUCCGAAAUCUGUUAGAUUAUAUUCCUGGGUCGAAAUUGCAAGAUUUAGAAAACAGUUUUCAGCUUCAGAAAUCAGGUCUCUAUUUGCUGGAAAUCUCAAAUAACAGGAAAAAAUUUCUUCUUUUCUAUUCUGAGAAGGAUGCCGAUUUCGCUUCUGUGAAGAAGGACUCUCGCGCAGUCCAUUUUCUGCGUUAUAUGAGUCAACUCACGAAUAAUGUUGUCAUGUGUUUGGACGAAAAUUACCAGGACAGAUUGGCAAACAAAGGCGAAAAAAUUGUAGUGAAAAGUGAUCGUCGAUCCAAGUAUAAUCUGAAAAAGCACGAACUGCAACAGGAAAGUUUCACUCUUAAAAACUUGGGUUUUCUAUCUAACAGCGCAUUUAGUCUUUCCCGUUUUUUCUCUUCUGAAAAUGGGUUGAUAGCUGCAAAGUUUGAAAAAGUUGCGGCUAAAGAAAAAGUAAAACCAACCAAAAAGACCGGAGAUGUAAACGAGGUUGCGAAAUUUUUGGAUUCCAUGUUGCUUAAAGAUGCUUCAAAGGUAUGCGAUGAGUUCAAAAAUGAGUACCUUAAAAAAUUCUCUUCCAAGGAAUUCAAAGAGGUGGAAUCCGAAGUAAGUUCCGAAGUUGAAACUAUUCGUUUAGAAUCAGAGUCGAAAGCCAAAGAAAACGUACUGAUAUCGGCUGCUAUUUACUUCGUCAAUGAUUGUGGGCUCAAGGUGUCAUUCAAAGUGGUUGAAAAGUACUUCAAAUCAAAUCCAAUUGAAAGCGGAGAUUUGUGGAAGAACCGAAUUGUUUUCAAUUUAUCUUCAAUAAAUGGACCAAUUUCCAUAGGCGAUGAAAUUACAUUGAAGAAACAAAUAGAGGAAUCAAAACAUAAAGGCAAAAUGGCUCUAGAUAAGUUUCUUCUUUGGAAAGCCUUGGGCGACAGCGCCGAGGGUUUACCAGAGGGUUUACUGGCCAAAGGAUUUACAGACGCAACGUGGAAAGACCUAAAAGAGUGUGCCAAGGAACGAUUUGGGAGCUACGUGCCGUACAGGACGCAAUCAAAAAUCGAGAGUGAAAUGGAAAACGCGGAAAAAAAGCUGAACUACUCUGAAGCAUCCGAACUUCUUAAAACGUGCAUAGAUACUUUUCUGGAUCACAUCUGCAGUCUUGUCAAACCAUACAGUGACAAAUCUAAGUUCGUCCUGUACUGUCGGAAGCAUGUGUCAGAUGAAUUUGAUAAAAUCAAAAAACAAAAGCUGGACAGCCGCGUUCAACAGCUGUUCGACGAGGUUUAUUUGAAGAAGAAGGAAAAACUGCUGAAUGAUGUUCAGACGCCCGCUUUGAUUCAAGAAAUACGAAUUUCAAAGAGUUAUUCGAUUGUCACCAAGUAUGAUUGUUUGUAUGAGAAGACAACGCUGGAUCCAGCAAAAACCAAGAUUGAAAUACACCGACUUGCUGCCAGUCGCGACGAGCAUCAACGUCUUUCAAUCACCGAGGGCACUUUGAACGUCCGCGAGUUGGAAUUCCUGAAAGCGGCCGAUGUUGAAAUUCCCGAUUCUGAGGAACUCCUUAAAGCUUUCCCACUUGAACACAACCAUUUGUUGUUGGUUUGCAAUUUUGAAAAGGUAUCCAAAACUGUAGUUUACAACCUGUCGAACGUCGGCAAACCAAUUCUGGAUAUGGCUUUCGGCAAAAACGUGUCAUCAGCGUCCUUUGACUGCAAAGCGAGGGUCUUGGCAGUUCAAUCUGAUUCAGAUCCGGGGAUUGUUCAGCUGUUUAAGUUCGGAGAAGACUUCAGAUCUCGGCAAAGUCUGAAACCUGUUGAUCUGAACAGAAUGUUCGGCAUUGAAAAAACGGUGGAAAUGUGUCUACAACCAAACAGCAAGUUUUUCUGGUUUGUGAGUGACGGAAGGCUUCGCAAGAUGGAUUACAAAAACGGAGCAAUGAUCAAAGCGGCCAAGUUGGAAGAUACAGGAGAUGAAAUUACUCUAAGGAGCAGUGCGGAUGGCUCCUGCAUUCUUGCAAUUUGCAACGAUGAUGAAAUCUGGCCUGUAAUGACGGAAACAGGAAACAAACUAGAUAAAGUCGAAGGAGUGUCCAAAGAUACCGCUGUUUUCUCGUUAUGCAACCAGGUUCUUGCUGUCAAGCAUAUGUCAUCCUCUAUUUGUAUCCAGCAAAUUGUUGUCACUGGAGCUCAGCAUGAAACCAAGCUGAGCAAAUCGAUGUCUGAACGCCCCAAAACUGAAAACUCUGCGGGUGACUUGGUGAUAAACGAAGAACAUUGGAUCAACUACAUCUACUGGCUGUACACCAAAUUUCCAUCUGACGAUCUUUUGGCAACAAAACAAGCCGUGACUAAUUUCUGGAUAACUAUACCUAACUCUGGCCUUGACACCAGAAGUAAAAUUUUACACGAGGUAAACAGUAUUUUGGGAAAAAUUCAGAAAACAAGAAAACCAACAAACUAUUUGUCGGUUCAAGAUGAUCACAUUGAGGAUUCAGUAUCGAAAAUCAAAACCAUGGAACUCACUGGGACGCCCAUGGGGUCUUUCUUGAAGCGUCUGAUCACUUUUGUUCCUAUUCAAAUUGCUCGAUGUCAGUCAAAUGAGUUCUCCAUCCUAGAAAAUGGACAGACAGUUUCAUUGGAUUCUGUGAAUGUUGCCUUUGAUCUGAUGGAAAAAAUCAAUCUCGGGUUCUAUGAGAGCAUCUUCAACGCUUGGAAUGGAAACAUCAAAGUCAUAUCGUCUAUGGGCAAACAAACAACUGGAAAGAGCUACACGCUGAAUCAUUUGACUGGAUCUUCGUUCAACAUCGCAGGAACCAGGUGUACCGACGGGUGCUGGAUGACAGUGAAGGAGCAUGAAGACUGCCUCUAUGUCAUCCUAGACUUCGAAGGACUCGGUAGCUUUGAAAGGACAGAACAAGACGACAUGUUGUUAUCACUGUUCAACAGUGCCAUUUCGACUACUACUAUUUUCAAAACCGAAAAAAGACUCGAUAGAGACGUGGACAAAAUGUUCAACAAGAUCAACAUGGGGAGUGAUCAACUAAAAGGAAACGACAAAGUGUUCAAAGGAAAGUUCAUCAUUGUGAUCAACGAUGUCGCCGAGCAAGACGUCAAGGACACUCCGAAAGAGUUUGAGGAAAAAAUCAGCAACAUUGUCAGCAGAAGCGAAAACAACUUCAUCAAGAAGCUGUACAACAGUGAUUUCGAGAUAAUGGCCUUCCCUGCUUUUGAAAGCCGCGAUUAUUAUGAGAGUACCGCCAACCUCCUCUCUAUAGUCCAAGAAGAAAUUGAACCGGUGUUCACAUCGGGCCCUGAGUUUCUUGGAACUGUUAAACUUCUAAUGGCUAAGCUGGCAAUUAAUGACUUUUCCCCCUUGGAUAGACAGCAAAUAGACGAAAGAGUUCGAUUCAUCCGGUCAAUUCUUCCCUUCGCAAUUCAUUUUGGACAGAUUUCCGGCGACAACCCUAAGAAAAAAGAACUGGAUUUGAGAAGUUUCGACGACUCGACCUUCAGAAUUUCUCUUCAGAAAGAAAUCGUGCUGAAUUCAAUGGGAACAGUAACAUUGAAUGAUUUUGAGACCAUAUUCAAAGAAAACCAACUUGACGACUCUGUGAUGCAGUUCUUAGCGAUAUUAGAACCCAAUGCAGAGAACUUUCAUGAUUGGCGAGAAGGUCUGCAAAGUUUUGUCUCUGAGGCUAUUCAAUUCCGGUUUGAGCGGGUCAAGCAAUGGCUGGAAGCCAAUCUUCAAAAAUGGAAGUUGAGUGAAAAUGCAGAAUACGAUGACAUCAUAAACGUAGUAAUGGAGAAUCUGGAAAAUCAAAAAGCCUGUUUUGAACAGACGUACAAGUUUUGCGAUGAAAAGUGCUCUGAAUGUUUCUUGAAAUGCACUCAAAUAGUCAAUCACAAAGGUGAUCACAAGUGUUCAACUAGUCACCGCUGCACGGCACAAUGUGAGUAUUGUGAAAAUGACGGGAACAAAUGCAAAGUUCCAUUCGGACACGAAGGUAAACAUGUCUGCAGAGAGAUCAAUCAUGUGUGUAGCGAGCCGUGCAAGUUCAAUGAAGUAAACAGCUGUGAGGGCGAGUGUCAAAAAAUGACUGGACACAAGGACGACCACGAGUGCUCGGAAAAAAGACAUCCUUGUAAGGAGACAUGCACCUUAGACGGGUGUGAAGGACGUUGCAUCAUUGACUGUGAUAUAGAGCACUCAGUUCACAAGUGCACUAAAGAGCAGUGCAUCAGCAAGUGUUGCGUGACCACUUGUACAAAUAAGUGUGCAGCCCUGGAUCAUUUCCAUGGAACAAGUUUAACUGGGAAAUUUAAGGAAGAGCAAUGCAUAGCCGACGAAUUUGCUUUUCUUCUUGAGGAUAAACAGACAAGAUUUGACUGUGAAGAUCAUUUCUGCGGGAAAGAGCAUCAAUGUGAUAAGGAUUGCGAGCAUGAUGGCUUUUGCCAUGUUUGGACUGAAAAACAGCUCAAAGAUGAGACAUUCGAGGGUAAAAGAGACACUUUCACAUACAGUGUCAAAUUUGCAGAGAUGGGAGAAAAGCUGUUGUGCCGCCAGAAACUGAAACCAUUUACCAAAAUGCAUGAGGGAGGUCACUCCUGCUCGACUGAAGUGCAUUUUUGCAUGACCACUUGUCCAACGUGUGAAAAUAUUUGUAACAAAGCUGUCAAUCACGAAAGUGACGGUGACGUAUUGCAUCAUGCUAGGCAUGGAAAUAUGCGCAAGUGUUUCUUUGUCGCCAAUGAAGACGACAUUCAAGUGGGAACCCACAAGUAUAAAGUCGGGGAGCCAGCGGUGGCCGAGAUGUGUCACAUUUUCUGCAACUCACUAGGAAGAGGACAUAUUCACAUUGUGGAGUGCGAUAGCGAGGACCCGACUGCCUGCGUGUACAGUGCAAAAGACGACCGAAGAAGACACGAGUCUACGAGAUACCAACCGAACCCAGAAAUCCCCAAAGAUGAGAUCACUCACGAGGCAUAUUGGGCGUCUAUAGGGUUCCAGGAUCCAUGUCAGGAGAUUGAUUCAGAAACUUUCGAGAAGUGCCCUGCCUACUGCGCUGCCGAAGUCCACGAAAAAGAAGAUGAGCACUCCUUUUGCGAAAUGUCCAUUUGGCAUAAUCCUGUGAAGUCUUUGGCAGAAGUUUGCCGGACGUCGGGAUUCCUCACGAAGGAUGGUCAUGUGUUCCCAUGUAGCCAUCCAUCAGGAAUUUAUCAUUUUGUGUUAUGCCUCGACGAUUCUGGAUCCAUGUCCGGUACUCCAUGGAAAGAACUUGUUACAGCGGUGAACGCAUUCGUUGCUCAAAGAAAGGCGUCAUCCUCUUCAGACAUGAUAACGAUUGCGAUUCAUAAUCACACUACCAGAAUUACAGCCGAAUAUCAGCCGAUAACAAGCUUUGCUUCAAAUUGGUUGACAUUUAAUAGUGGCGGUAAUGACUUCAGCCAGGCUCUGAGAAUCUCGGAUGGAAUCAUUGGGCGCCAUCUGGACAAGAACAUCAAACCCGUACUGGUGUUCAUGUCAGACGGGGUCUGGCACAACGGUGAAGUUGAGAUGGAGGCGCUUGCGAUGAAGUACAGAGUUGCAAAUGGUCUUGAGGUGUACACAGUUGGCUUCGGUCGAGUCAGCUUCGAAAAAAUGAGGGAAUUGGCGAGACUGGGCAAAGGACAGUAUCUGGAAGCUGUAAAUGGCAUGGAGCUCAAGACGGCUUUCGUGGAAAUUUCUGCCAAGCAUCCUGCUACAAUUGGUGUGGCCUUCUAGAUGAACGCAUAUCUUGAGUUAAUUGUUUAGUGGUGAGACAAAAUGUUAAAACAAUGCAUAAACAAUUGAUAGCUAUGUUAUUCUAUCAGAAAGUGCGCUCAUGAUUUAUUAUUUUAUAGGAAAAAGUGCUACCUGAAAAGUUACUCUGUACCUAGCCAGCCAAAUUUCUCUUAAGAUUAAU